AUGACUAAUUAUUUUGAACCAACAUCGUUACAAAGAGAUCAGACUAUUGACUUUAAUGGGUUACCUCAAUUUGUUUCCAAUCAACAUAUCAUGAUGGAAUUCGAAAAAAUAGCUGAUUAUUUUGAAGCAACAUCAUUACAAAGAGAAGAGCAAAACAUUAACUUUUAUGAGUUACCUCAAUUUGUUCCAAAUCAACGUAUAAUAAUGGAAUUUGAGAAGAUACCUGAUUGUUUUAAACCAACAACAUCACAAAGAGAAGAUCAGAAUAUUGGCUUUGAUAAGUUAUCU